AACAUGUCAGCCUCCUGCAGACGACGGUUGCAUUCGCAAAAUGUAUCUUUUUGUACCAUUUUGUGUGUUUUAAUGUGUCUUGUGUCAAGUACAAGAGCAUAUGAUAAUGAAGAUUUUGAGUUGUUUGAUCUGGUGGAGGAAGUUCAAGGGAACUUCUAUGAGCUCCUUGGUGUUGAAAGUACCGCUACUUCAUCAGAGAUCCGCAAGGCUUACAGGAAGCAGUCUCUCCUUCUACAUCCAGACAAGAAUAAAGAAGAAAAUGCAGAGGAAAAGUUUAGACAGUUGGUGGCUGUUGCUGAAAUUCUUAAAAAUCAAGAUAUGCGACAAAGAUACAACCAUAUUCUGGAGCAUGGUCUUCCUGAUUGGCGGGAGCCGGUGUUCUAUUACCGACGAGUUCGUAAGAUGGGUCUGGUUGAGCUAGGGAUACUUCUCUUUAUCAUCCUUACUGUCGGACAUUACAUCGUCCUGUGGUCCAUCUAUUGGGAAAGACUUCUGGAUUUGGAAUCAAUCAUCCCAAAAAAGAAAAAGAAAUCCAAGAAGUCCAACAGGCAAGCUGCGGGAACCACCAUCCCCCAAGACAACGAAGAGAUCCCUGCUCAAGAAAAUCCAGUAGAUGACCCCUUCAUGCCAGUCAAGCCUUUACUAAGUGACGCACUCCCUUGUAAGCUCUACCGCCUCGUUCUCUCAACCAUCAUCUCAGCGCCCUCGACAUUCCUGAGCGUCAAAUCUGAAAUUGAGAUGUGGAGAGAGAGAAGGAAACGGAUGAAGGAGGAGGCGGAGGCGGAGUUAGAGGAGGAGGAGGAGGAGGAUGAAGGGAAAGAUAAAGUCAAGAAGAGGAGGAGGGUGGAUCUACCGUUGUAUGAGUACGAGGCAACCACAGCAGAACCAGUUACUUAUACUCCUGCAGAAACGAUUUCAGAAAACACAAACAGAGCACAACAAACUAAGGCUGGAGAAUGGAGCCAAGAUGAAGUGACCAAACUGAUCCGUGUAAUGGCCAGGUUUCCUGGUGGUACAACGGCAAGAUGGGAGAAGAUCGCUGAUGAGAUAUUCAGACCAGUAGAUGAGGUUAUCAAGAAGGCUAAACAGAUCAAGUCUGGCGGGUAUGUAGUCAGUGUACAGGCUGCAACUCAAGGUAUUACUGGAGCUGUAAAGCACUCGGUAAGCAGUAAAACAGGCAAAACCUUCACUGAUGAUGACAUAACGACAUCAGAACCUAUCGCACAAAAUGACAACACAAGCAACAAGCAAACCAAAAGGAAACCGAAAGUUGUAAACCAAUCCAAGGCAGUGGAUAGAACUUUGCUUAUAACAGAAGCUUCAACUAAUGGGACAUCAGAACCGAGUAAGACGCCCCAAGACCUCAGACAGAGUCAAGAUGAUGGGGAGGAUGUGUUAGUACAAGGAGGUGUCGAGACGUGCAGCUGGACGCAGAGACAACAGAAGAUCUUUGAGAAAGCUUUGUCCAUUUACACCAAAGGAACAUCAGAAAGAUGGGAGAAGGUUGCGGAUGCAGUACCGGGAAAGACAAAAGAGGAGUGUUUGUUGAGGUAUAAAGAAUUAGUGGAGACCAUACGAAGGAAGAAGCAAGCUACAGUACAGCCGCAAGGAAGUUAACAGUUAUCAAACUUUACUGUCCUUCCUAAACCAUCAGGUUGAAGACAUUUUAGGGUUUAGUUGUAGGAGGAAAACCCCAACUGUGGAAAACCCACACAUUCUGGGCCCAAUUUCAUAGAGCUGCUUAACAAUUUUCUGCUUAGGAUAGCAGGAACGAGCAGGAUACCUGUCACAAAUUGUACAUGUGACAUGGUAGUUUGGCAGGUAAACUUAUUUUGCUAAGCACAAUUUUGUUGUGCUUA